GGGAUACGACCACAGCUACUUCUUCAUCUACUCCUUCAUGAGCGAUCACAUCAAACAUCACGCAAAGUUCCUGAACGCCUGAACGCACCACGGGACAGGAAGCUCAGGCCGGACUUCCUGCACGAUUCAGUUCAAUAAAAUCACUUCUGGUUUCUAAAUCAUUUAAUGAAGUCACUUCUUUAAGUUUGAGCAGCACUUACCUGAGGGUUUAAAUAACAGGAGUAUUAGUUUGGGAUCAUGGAGCCACAGGAAAUGUUUGCUGAGACCUGAUUGGAUGUUGCAGCGACUCAGCGGAGAUUCUCUAAAUAAAAUCCUCAGAAAAUC